AUGAACCCAUUCAAAGCGGAAUACCUCACUCAAGACUUAAUCGCGGAAUUCUCCCACAGGAUCGAGCGUCUCAUUCUCGGGGGGGUUCCUAUGUACGUAAAAGACCUCAUAGCGAUCUUGGAACCUCUCAGAGAGCUCCGACACCUGGGUGUCCAUGACCCUCUCCUGCCUGUGCACCGACCGUACUGCCCUAUCUCGAGAGAACUGAUCUGGCGCCUCGCUACGGACUCAUCGUUCCUCCCUUAUGUGGACUCGCUCGACCUCAUGUGGCAAUGGAAUGAUGUUGGUAAGAGUAUGGUCAAGGAUAUGCUGCUGACUAGGACAGGUCAAACACAGUUUGCAAACCCAUACGUCCCGCCAUCGUACUUGCAUGGUCUCAUAGGACAGAUGAAGCGCAGGGUGGUCUAA